AUGGUGGCCAUACCGACUCUCUCUCUCCUCCUGGUGCUGGCGGAGUGGAGAGGCCCGGCGGACGCCUCCCCGCAUCUGCUGCUGCGGCCCAGCCCACGGGAGCGCGAGGCGGGGGCAAUGAUGAACUUCAACAUCGCCGUCAUCCACGCUGGCGCCUCCGUACAAGCCGAGGCGGCCCUGGCGGGGCUGGCGGGACGGGCGCUGUACCCCGGCUUCGGCCGGGUGUACGGCUCUCUGGGAGAGAGCGUGGUCACCCAGUGGGGCUCCGCCAACGUCAUCUGGCUACAGUCUGUGUUCGCCCAUCACUUCCUCCCCUUCAUCCUCAAGGUGAACGACAGCAGCCCUAAGACGGUGCUGUCCCAGCUGUGUGAGCUGCUGGCUGCGCGGCCCCUACAGGGUCUGGUCUAUGAAGAGGAGAGGCCCCCGCGCACGGCCUGGGGUCCGCUGGCCCCCAUGCUGGAGUUUGUGUCGGCGCAAACGGGACUGCCCAUAGUGGCUGUAGGAGGGGGAGCGGGGCUGGGGAGGAUGCCACAGGAAUCGGGUUCCAUCUUUCUCCAGUUCAGCUCCUCCACGGCCCUCCAACUGGAGGUCAUAUUUGAGGUGUUGGAGGAAUACGACUGGACCGUCUUCUCCGUGGUGUCCACGCGUCAUCACGGUUACCAGGAGUUCCUGUCGGUGGUGGAGGGCCUGACGGACGGCUCGUUCAUCGGCUGGGAGAAGAAGAGCGUGGUCGUCCUGAACGUGACAGACGACCCCGGCGGGGCGCGCACACGCAGGCUGCUGAAGGAGAACGAGGCGCAGGUCCGCCUGCUGUACUGCUCCCAGGAGGAGGCCGAGUUGGUCUUUCGAGCAGCCUGGGCGGCGGGUCAGGCCGGCGCCUCGCACAUGUGGUUCGCUGUGGGCCCGGCGCUCUCAGGUUUAGGCAUGGAGAGCCUGCCCAGGGCUCUGUUUGCCGUGCGGCCGCAGGGAUGGAAGGACGAACCCCGCCGGAGGAUCGCCCGAGGCGUGUCGGUGCUGACGCACGGCGCCGUGGCUAUGCGCAAGGAUUACGGGACCACGGGCGGGCCCAAUUUUGUCACUAAUUGCGCAACGGAUGCCAAUCAGACCCAGAGAAUGCGGGGCAGGAUAAGGUACUUCAGCAACAUCACGCUGGGUGGCCGAGAUUACUCCUUCGACGCUGACGGAUACCUGGCCAACCCCUUCCUGGAUGUCAUUUCCUGGACACCUGGGACUGGAUGGGAAGAUGUAGGCUCGUGGGAGAACGGCGUCCUGAGACUGCGCUACCCGGCCUGGUCCCGCUACGGGCCUUUCCUCAAACCUCCGGAUGACGCACAGCACUUGCACGUGGUCACGCUGGAGGAACGUCCGUUCGUCAUUGUGGAGCUGGCCGACGCGGCGUCCGGAACUUGCAUCCGAGACUCUGUGCCCUGCCGGCGACCCCUCAAUGUCAGCGCUAAUCACGAGGGAGCGGCUCCCGUCAAGCAAUGCUGCAAGGGCUUCUGCAUCGACAUCCUCAAGAGAUUGGCCAAGAUCGUCGGCUUCACCUACGACCUUUACCUCGUGACCAAUGGGAAGCACGGCAAGAAAAUCGAUGGCGUUUGGAACGGCAUGAUCGGAGAGGUGGUGUACAAACGGGCGGACAUGGCCAUUGGCUCUCUGACUAUCAACGAGGAGAGGUCCGAGGUUGUGGAUUUCUCCGUCCCUUUUGUGGAAACGGGGAUCAGUGUCAUGGUCUCCCGUAGCAACGGAACUGUAUCACCAUCAGCUUUCCUAGAGCCGUACAGCCCAGCAGUGUGGGUGAUGAUGUUCGUCAUGUGCCUGACCGUAGUGGCUGUGACUGUCUUCAUCUUUGAGUUCUUCAGUCCCGUGGGCUACAACCGCAGUCUCCAAAAUGGCAAGAAGGCCGGAGGCUCGACUUUCACCAUCGGAAAAUCUGUGUGGCUUUUAUGGGCCAUUGUCUUCAAUAACUCCGUGCCGGUGGAGAACCCCAGAGGAACGACGAGCAAGAUCAUGGUGCUGAUCUGGGCCUUUUUCGCUGUCAUCUUCUUGGCCUCGUACACCGCCAACCUGGCAGCCUUCAUGAUCCAGGAGGAGUACAUCGACACCGUGUCGGGGCUCUCGGACAAGAAGUUUCAGCAUCCCGAGGAGCAGUACCCACCACUGAAGUUUGGCACCGUGCCCAACGGCAGCACGGAAAAAAACAUCCGCUCCAACUACCCGGACAUGCACCAGUACAUGGGCAAAUAUAACCAGAGAGGAGUGGAAGACGCCAUUCUCAAUCUCAAGACCGGGAAACUGGAUGCUUUUAUUUACGAUGCUGCGGUAUUGAACUACAUGGCCAGGAAGGACGAAGGUUGUAAGGUGAUGACCAUAGGCUCGGGGAAGGUUUUUGCCACCACAGGCUACGGUAUCGCCCUGCACAAAAAUUCACGCUGGAAACGUCCUCUUGACCUGGCCCUUCUGCAGCUGGUGGGAGAUGAUGAAAUUGAAAUGCUGGAGCGCCUGUGGCUGUCAGGUAUCUGCCAUAAUGACAAAAUUGAGGUGAUGAGCAGUAAGCUAGAUAUUGACAACAUGGCUGGGGUCUUCUACAUGCUUCUGGUGGCUAUGGGCCUCAGCCUACUGGUGUUUGCCUGGGAGCACUUGGUCUACUGGAAGUUGCGCCAUUGCAUGGCCACCAGCUCAGGCAAACUGGAUUUCCUUCUAGCCAUCAGCAGGGGCAUGUAUAGCUGCUGUAGCUUUGAAGAUGAAACCGCACCAGGGGGUGCUAAAUCAUUGACUUCUCAUCACCAUACGGCGAUGGGUCCUGUCCCAUCCCAAGCGCACGUUAUCUCGACGUCAAUGACCAGCCCGGCUAUUGUCAUAGCCCAGCAGCAGCAGCAGCAGCAGCAAACGCCGCAGCAGCAAGUGCAGUCAGUGUACAAGACACCUCUACCUGGCUCUCCUCCCACCGUAGUGCGUUCAGGAACAGCAGUGGGUCCUUCCAGCACCCCCAUUGCCGGCGCACCCCUCCCUUGCUCCACCUUCCUGCCCCGACCAGAUCGCAGACUGGCUGUGGUGGAUCGCUGGAGACUGCCCAAAUCUGCGACAGCCGCCAACCCUCGGGCUGUAAGGGGGGGCAUUCCUGACAUGGGACCCUUUGCUCAAAAAGUCCCGGCAAACUGGGGCUCGUCUGCUGGAGGAGCUGGGGGACUUGAUGCUUAUAAGAGAUACUAUGGUCCCAUUGACCCUGAGGGACUGGGGCCCUGCAUGGAGCAGCAGGCAGGGUCCCAGACCCCCAAGACUCUGCCAAGGGGCCACCCCCAGCCCCCUCCAGCCAGUGUGGCCUUCUACUCAGAGAAGGGCAUGGACCACGGGGUAGGGAAGAGGGCGGUAGGUGGUGGCAGCGGAGGUCAGGGGAAAGUGGCUGUUAAACCUCUCGGAACCCCGAGACUGCCUCCCAAGAGUCAAGCCCCUCUGCCUCCUACACCCCCACUGCCACAGCCCUCCCCCCCUCUCCCCUCAUCCUUCUGGAGAAGGCGAAGGCCCAAGAAGCCCAAAGAACCCGGAGGGCCGCUGUAUGAAAACAUUCUGCCGCUGGGGCGGAGGGUAGAGGCACGAGAUGGAGUGAGGGAGGGAGGAGGAAGGAGGGCACGCCCCCUUUCUCCCCCACUCUCACUUCCUGUGCCAGUACCCCUCAGCCCCUCCUACACCCCUCCCUCGCCUUCGGCGUCCUUGCAGUAUACGUCCACGUCAUCAUCAUCCACGACGUCGUCCACGUCCACGUCCUCGUCUGCCUCCUCGUCUCGUUCCAGCUCCCCCACAUACUCGUACAGCUCCUCCAGGAGCACCCGGGACAGAGCCCGAGGCCUCGACGAAGAAGAGGACGACGACGAUGAGGAGCUGACGGAAGAGUCGAGCCUUCUCCUCGGGAGGGGGCGAGAGAGGGAACGCUCGGUCGUUCGGCCCCGCUCGUCCAGCCAGGGGCGCCCGCCUCCGCCCGUACCCCCCAGGAAACCACGCGCAUCCUGGGGCGACAGAGAACGUGAACGAGAGAGAGGGGGCAGCCAACUGUCUCAACUUCAAGAGUGGUGGGCGAGCUGGAGUGAGAGAGAAAAGAGCGGAGCCGGGGCAGAUGCUGAGAGGCAAAAACGGGAGGAGAAGAAAAGAAGAAAAGAGAAAGAUAAAAAGAAAAAGAAAAAGAGCAAAAAGAGAAAGAAGAGGGAAGAAAGGGAAAGAGAACGCGAGCGAGAAAGGAAAAGGCGGAAAGUGAAAAAGAAGAAGAAAAAGGCACUCAAGACCAAGAAAAGGAAGAAAUCUACUGGCGGGAAAAGAUCAGAGCCAGAAGACGGCGAUGUAGAGCCAGAGAGGGAAGCAGAGGCGGAAAGAGAGAGGGAAGCGGGAAUACAGGACUACUCUUCCUUCUCUGCCCAGUAUCGGAAUACCUUCGGGGAGAAGCGGCGGGAUUCGUGGGAAGGAGAGCGGGAGAGAGCGGGAAGGGAUGCAGGAGAGGAGGCCAAUGACAGGGAAGGGGAGGACAGUGGGAGAAGUAGAGAAAGGCCAUCCAAAUCAUCCCAUCCUCAUUCCAGACAUCGCACCCCCAGUAAGCGCUACCCUAACCUGAACAAACUCCCAGCCUCGGUCAAAUUUUGGGUGAACGGAAGGGGGCAUGACUCAAAUACUCCCCCCACGUCCCUGCACCCCUUCCUCGCGUCCGGGAAGCGACGAAGAAGUGGAGGCAUAGAUAGGGAUGAGGGCGCUAGGGGAGGAGAGAGGCGUCCUUUAUUGAUGCCUUAUGAAAAGGAGAAGUCGCAGACCAGAGAGGGGCUUUCCCUGCAAGAGUGGGACUCUGAUGAUAAUGAUGACGAUGAUGACGACGAUGAGGAAGACGAGGACAGGGAAAGAGUUAGGGAAAGGGCAGGCAAGAGGGGGCGGAGGGCCGGUCGGGGAGCGCUGUCUGAAACGGAUAGGUUGGACAGAAGGGCGGAGGACAGUUACUCGGAGGAAGGUUCAUCGGGCGAGUUUGGACGUUUUGAAAGGUACUGGGAGGGAGGCGGGGGCAACAGCUCCGGGGUAGGAGGGAUAGGCGGCGGAGGGUGGUUCUUCGGCACGUACCCCUCCAGAGAGAGGGGAGGCAGCAUCAAUAGUCGGGAUGAUUCGUUGCUUGGAACGCGAGCAGAGGGAUGGAUUGGCACUGAUUUCUGGAGCUCGGGCGCAGGUGUAAGUUGGGAAUCGGGGCCAGGGAGCGGGGGACUGGGCUCACAGUGGCCACCGCCGCCCUCGGCUUUCCCUCCACCGAGGAGAUACUGGUCAAUGGACAAGAUCCCGAUUAAGGGUGAGAAAAAGUGGAAGUCUGGAGGUAGGAAAAGUAAGAGGCAAGCGAGGAACAGAGGGGAGGAAGCUCGAAGGGCCACGAUGUGUUCCUGUAGCCUUUACCCGCAUCCGCAUCCAUACCCGCAUCCGCACAGUCGCUCACACGCCUCUCAUUCCAAAAGGUCACCCGCCUCACUGUCGCAUAGCCAGGAAGAGCUUCUCCCCCAUUGUCACAGUUUCAGCGGGGGCUCGCGACCCAAACCCCUUCCCUCAAAAUCAGAUCCCGGUCAGGCUAAAUCAGGCAGCCAAUCGAACCUCAGCACACAGGCUAGCGAGCUGGCACCUCAACCUCCGCCGUCACCACCUCAGCAGCCAUCUCUGUCUCCCACUAUCCUCCCGAUGCCUAUCCCGCCUCCGCCCUCCUCAUCUUCGGUCCCGCCUCCGGCCGGGGUGGGGAUGGCCGGCCCGAGCCAGAUUCAGGCUUCGGCCAGUGCCAAACUCCAGUACCAGAGACUCCGUUCUGUGCCACAGCCACGAAGGUUCUACUCACCUCACCUGCCACUUAAAGCCAAGAGUCUGUGCUCGCGUCGAGGGUCAGCUCACUUCUCCAGUCUGGAGAGCGAGGUAUGACAGGGGGAGACGAGAGAGGGAGACGAAGCAGCGAGACCCUCUAUCCUAGAGCGUCGUGGUGCCGCAGUAGCCGGAUCCGGAGACGUGGCCGCCUUGGUAACCAUCGCUAAUCGGCUGGCGGCCUUCACAGCGGGAACAAACGUGAACGGCGGCUCCGCCGCCGCCAUUGCUCUUCAUGAGAGCGACGCCGCCGCCACCCGCUCCCUUGUACACGUUUUCGUUAGGGCAACGGUGAGACGCCACACCAGGUUAAGCUACACCCUCUCGGAUGGACCCCACGACCACCGGAGUGAAGUCGAGGCCGCGUCGGCGGGGAGAACAGCUCCAGAACUACUCCUUCGCUCCGAGUUGAGCUUUGUGAUGUCAUCCGUUCUCCUGCCCUCACCGGGUCACCGCUACGGAUAAGUCAAAGUCUCCAACCUGUGAGUAAUGAUGUCAUAUUUGUACACACGCGCAAAAUGUCUCCCUCCCUCUGGCUGAGCUCAAUUUGGUGGGCUCAAGGGGUCACACGCCCUCCCUUCAACACAAAUGCCGGACUGCUUCUCAAAGGUGAAGAGAUGGGCCCCUCUUGUUUGUAAAUCAGUUGAAAAGCAAUCCUCUCCCCUCUCUCGUGAGCCCGACCGCCACCUUUCACGGGGCAGUGAGGACAAUGCAACUUAUGCACUCUUUGACCUUGCAACACCAUCAGACCCAUCUAGCUCUACCCCUCCCCUCCCCCCUCCUCUCUGUGAUGUCACAUUUUAUUAGAAACCAGUGGGGUCGACCGUACAGGAUCCAUUCCUCCUUGUCGGAGUUGUGGCUCCAACCAGAACUGAGAGUAUUUGAACAAAAAAAAAUAUUUAAAAGGGAAAGAAGAACAAAAAAAAAAACAUGUAGCAUCGUCUUUAUUUUCUUGACACUGUCUUUGAUCUCCAACCUUGUUUUAUGUUCUGAAUAUAUUCCUCUCACUUGGUUCAUAUUUUGAGAAAGAUGAGGCUGGAUGUGGCUCGUGUUGGACGUGGGAAAGAUUCAAUUGUGCCAAAUAUCCCCACGAUUGCUUUUAGGUGCUUUUUACAUGAUUUAUUGUCACGGUGAACGUGCUCUGUUAUUGUCCCACAGCACACACCAUCCUAUAAUCGGAUCAAGGGGAUGAUUGGUGCAGUAUUUGUAAUUGGCACUAGAUGGCUGCAUAAUAUUCAAGUAAGCUUUGGAGACAAUUGUGGAAUUAUUUGAAUUUACAUAAUAGACGGCGCCGCCGCUUAUUGUUUUUACCAAAGUGGCCAUUGGCAAGAUGAAGAACGGAAAAGUGCUUUAAAAAAUGAUUAAAAAAAAAAAAACAGCAACUCUGUUAUCCAGCCAGCUUUUGGAGAUUGUUUACAUGAAGCACAAGUAUUUUUCAGGCAUUUGCGCAACAGGUCGUUAUUUUCCGGCACGUUUAGAAGAAUCACCUGUUUUUAAAGAGCGCAAUUUAUUACGACUAAGGAUCCAAUUAGAACGCUUGUUGUUGUUGUUGUUGUUUUUUGUCUCGUUGGGUUCAGCUUCUGUUUGGGAAAUUGGGCUGAAAGAUGUUGUGCGAACGGUUUGUGGCACGCAUUCAGUGGGUAAUAACUCGAAUUAUGUAAGACGGUCUAAUUGAGCAAUAUUCCAACCUUCGAUGUGACUGACGGGGGAUGCCGCAGCUGAAACUUUCAUCGUAUUUCAAACGAAGCAUUUUUAUCAGCCGGGCUCAGACAUUGCGAAUGUGUGAUCUACUUUGGAUGGGUCCGCUCCAAUUCGAUUGGGUGUGAUUCUGAACGAAGCCGGCUUCGAUCGAGCGGCACGCCUCGGAAAUGUUUUUGUGUAAGCGGUGCCAGUUGUUGCUGGGGCAUUUGACAGAUUCCAUUUGCUCCACCGAAUCUCUCACACUAAGACCAGCCACAGCCCAGCUCUUCUUCUACUGUAGUUGAAUGUAGCGUUGUCACGAUGUAGCAAAAGGACAUCCACUUUUAGACUUUGUAGCUUUUUGGAUGCUGUUGAUAAAGGCUGGGGGGGGACUUGCGGUAUGAGGGACUGUGUGUUAUAUUUGUGCAUGUUGUCACAGAUCAAAGGCUUAGUCGACCAUCUCAAUCCUCCCUUGCGAAAAUAUCUUUUUGCUUUUUUUCUACGACUGCGUGGGGGAAUUUCAAGACAAAAAUGUCAAUCUAUCACCAUAGCAGAAAAGCUCCUUUUGCUAUUCUCACUCAAGCCCCGCCCCCUAAGAAUCAGUGCAUGUUGAACUGAAUUAAAUUUCCAAGAUUUGUGUUGAGAGAGCCGUGUUGUUGGAUUCGGAGCAAAAGGAAGGCCUGCAAUGAAUGACAUCGAGCGGUAUUGAUUUCAAACGAGGCGCUAAUUCUAAAGUCUGUGACUGCAUGAACAGAAGUGUCUCUUCAAAUAUUUUGCUCCUUUUUGAAAAGAUUUUUUCUUUCAUGCUGAGGAGAAGGGAAAAAAAAAAGAAAAUAUACUGUUUUUGAGAAUGUACCAUGUUAUACUGUGAUUUAACUGAGAUAUUUUAUUGUAUUCAGAUCAUUUGAAUUCUAUUAUUUAUCAAGAAAUAUAUAUGUACAAAUAAAUAUAUACAUAUAUAUAUACAGACAGACACAGGUAUGUAUAUUAGUUAAGUUUGGUAUAUUUGGAGGAAGUGUUAGAUGAACUAGUUUUAAAUGUUUUAGCUUUGUAGCAAAACUAGAACCUGAAAUCAUUUUUGAAUUUUGAUUCCUCCUAUAUGACUGUGAAGACUUUAGUGCCUGUGACAAAAAAGACAAGUAAAAGUCUCAACUCGCUUUUCAUCUGUAUCUACCACAGCUAAUUGCUCUGUCACUCCUCUCGUACUACCUAGAAUUACUUUCCGAUGCCCCCUCCCUCCCCCCUCCUCCCACAUCACUAUGUUCCUUGGCACAGUCUGCGGUCUCUUUUGCUAGCUCGCCUCCUGUUUUAUUUGCAAACCAUGGACAUUCUACGCUCGUUUGGGUUCCGGCAGAAAGCAAUUUCUUUAGUUCCACGAGCGACUUGCCUUUGUUUUCUGAGCGUCACUCCAUCUCUCACUUAGCAAAAACAGAGACCAGUAGAUACUGUGUUCUUGCUCCUUUUGACUGAUCGUUGACCGAUGAUCAAUUCGUUGCUCUUACGGGAAAAACCUUUGAACAUUGUUCCCACGAAUGAUGUGACUCUAGUGUGUGUAUCCGACGACCACGCCACUGUAGCAAGUCUGGGCUGUUAACCACACCACCAGCGAGCGAAGGAGGCCGCAGUUGCUAUGGCGUUGCCAUGGCAUUUUCAUGGCGUUGCCAUGGUGUCCUCUGCACCGCCACCACCUGGUGCCUGCUGGGUAAUAUAGCAUCAAGUCCUUUAACGCCCCCCCCAAAGCGCUGAUCAAAGAUUCCGCUCGACUCAGUCCCGGAAAAAAAAUUAGUAAAAGCUAGGUAGCUCGCGCUAAUUUGUCUGCCGCCUCGGCGGGUCUGAUCUGGACUGGACCGGUGACGAUGAUAAAUGUUUCUAUUAUCCUUAUCUUGUAAUCCUUCCAUCUUCAGUGUGUUGCAUAUCAUGGAUAGCACGCGAGUGUGUGUCUAACCCGAUGUUGCAUGUGCUCCAAUGUGUUGCGAAGGCCUUCGGCAGCUUGCUUCUGCUUUCGCUUGCUGUGUGAAAGGCAUACAAACGCUUUGCCCCGGCAUGCAUAUUUAACGGCCGAUGCAGCUCGCGCUCAGCCAAUACCGUCCAAAGCCUCGCCUCCGGUGCUCUGAUCAGGGCUUUCAUAAUUUAGGAGGCAAUAAACCUGCGCCCCGGUCGGCUGAGACAAUGUCUUUGACGACUUGCCCGGGAGAUUUUUAUUUUUUUUGUCUCCGGAGGAUGAACGACAUCUGUUCUGCUUGUUUGUUGCGCUGUCUGUCGCUCGUGUUUGUGCUCGGCCCAGCUCGGCGCCAUCAGUCACUUUCCGUUUCGGCACGUCCUCUUCAAUUUGGAUUACUUGACUUGACUCGCUCCACUUUUGAUUCAGCCCGUCGUCCUAAUUUAUCAGAUUCACCGUCCAGUCCGGCCCCGGCGCAUUACGCCCGUCAACCGCCUGAAAGCGCAACCCUUCAACGCCUCAGCUAUCUUUCGGCCCGCGACCUGGGAAGCGAUACGAGUGGUGCUCCGGAAUUCAAACAGGGUCCUCAUUGGCUGAAUCGGCCGUGAAUUAUAUCAAGGAAAUCAUCGGAGUGCCACUGGUACUACUCGGCAGGUCCAGGGUGUUGGGCCAUCUCCCCAGUUUCUCUUUACCCACAGAAACCAGCGUGUGUGCGUGUGUGUAUGCGUUUUCAGCAAUGUACAAAGUUCUGCUCUGGUAACCUCUCGAACACCGAAGGCCUACUUACGGGUUGCUAAGGCAGGUUUCUAGUCGAGUGAUGAUGUUGCUCGGAGCCCAGACUGCUCUGGUCUGUGCCCUAAUUCAAAUGUGUUGGUUUAUUUGACAUUGUCUUUCCGGGGUGGGGCUGGAGGGUCAGUGCUGCACUUACUUCUUGAGAAUUGCUUCAUAAAAUAUGAUUCUCUUUCAUUCUU